CCGAAGCGAUAUUUGAAAGCGUUUAAAGAUCUAAUCGCUUGCGUCAGAGCGAUGGACGCGGAUGUGCUCACAGUAACCAAUGCCACGACCAUAAAGAGCACCGAAUACGGGGACGUGACCGGCACCACAGCCGACGCCAGCCGACUGUCCUCUGUCUUCGAACAGCUCUUUUUUCGGGUAAAACUCUAUGAGAAUAAAACGGCGGACAAAAUGAAAGCACUUUUGGCGGACAUCGCGGCCGACAAAGCGCUGGUAAAACACGACGCUUUGGUAGUCAUUAUACUAUCGCACGGCGCGGAAGAAGGUAUUUACGGCACGGAUGGGGUCACUGUUCCCCUCAAGACUAUACUCGAGAUGUUUAAUAACGAGAACUGUCCGCAACUUAUCGAUAAGCCUAAGAUGUUCUUUACUAACGCCUGCAGAGGCAGCAAAUUUGACCAUGGUACACGCAAGAGUUUGGGUCCGAGUUUAGCUGCAAUGGGCACCGCCUAUGGAGCGCCUAUGGUUACCACUUGGAGUGAUAUGUUUGUGUACUAUUCUUCAAUCGAGGGCUAUGUUUCAACGCGUAGUAUGUUUAAGGGUUCGUGGUUUGGACAGGAGUUGGCCACGUGUUUGGCUGAAUCGGCCCAUAGGGAACAUCUCAACGACUUAGUGACUAUACUUGUGGCCAAAUGCGUCAGCGAAAGGAUUGGUAAAAUUGAUGGUCAGUUCAGCAAACAGGCCAUUGAGACACACAUCAGAGGCAGUGUUAAAAAGGUGUACUUUAAUCCGGGUCUUUAUUUGGAGAAUUGAUAAUUGCGAGAAUAAAUUAUCGCCC